GCACGUCAGUACAAUUUUAGAUCUCGAGCGAGCAAGUUCAUCCGGAACAGAUGCAAUCCGUACAGUUUUGGGAGUAGACGCGAACACACAUUUGCCAAGCCAAGUCAAAAUCCAUUCUCGUCGCCGUGCAGCAGAGGAUCAUGUACAUUUACCCGAGCUCCCCGGAAUCAGCAUCGUCCUUGCAGUCCGAAGAAAGUGCGGCCAUCAAGAUCCAGGCCGGAUUCCGCGGCUACCGCGUUCGCAAGCAGAUCCACCGCAACAACAAGUCCUCGGGCAGCGUCACCAACCGCCUCUCGAACAGUAAUACCCGCAGGAACCAACGCCAAAGGCCUCAGAACAACGCUCUAAUGGAAAAUCAGGGAAAUCCGUCUCGGCCCAGCAAUGCCACCAGCAACGAUCCCAAGGCGAACGGUGAAAAUGGUGGAAAAUCCGUAGAGGAUCGCUGCGCCACCAAGAUCCAAGCCGGAUUCAGGGGGUUCUUGGUCCGCAAAAAGCAAAAAAUCGCCACCGACGCCGCCGUGAAGAUCCAGGCUGGCUUUCGAGGAUUCAAGGCUCGAAAGGAGCUAAAGCAAUGCGACCCCGUUGUGUAGUGACUCUGGGCGUGUUGCACAACUCUGAUUUCUACUGUACAUACAAUUAUUAUGUGUAUUCAAAUUUUGCUGUUGCACAGCAAUCUGUUAUACCUACCGCCUAGUUCAAUAUGUGUCGUGUAAAUAGUUUAAUAUCUUUAUCUAAUAGCUUCCAGAAGAAUAAAAUACUCUACUCAAGAAACCGCAAUCUUGAAAGACAACAUUAUCCAUUAACGUUA